AUGGCGGCAGCCAGGUUAAACCAUUCAGGCGACUUGUCGCAUUUCUUAGCGGGCCGAUCCCCUGCGUCUGAGCCGCUCGAGAUCACGAAGGGGCGAAUGCGUAACGGUACCACCGGCCCGAAUGACAUCGUGGUAGCGCUGAAUGGGGACAGGAAGGAAAGCUCACUCGAUGGCACCAAUGACCCCAUGCCCAUCAUGGCUGGAGGCCUGGCAGAUAUCAAUACGAUCCACACGCUGACUAGCAACCUCAGCGUACCCAAGCGGGUGCCACUCAAGCAGAAUCGGCGUCUUGCCGUCGAUUUGGCGUUCAACGAUGAGGCCCCGUCGACAUCGACGACCUUUCGCCGCAUCAUGCACAAUAUCUGGACCUCUGUCAAGAUGAUGCGACUCUUUCUCUCUCUGGCGUGGACGGAUGCUAAGGCGCGUACCUGCAGCUACUGCCUGGGGUUCUUCUCCGUGCUCGUCGUCGUGCUCCUAUGCGUUCUGAUGAUUUCGCUGCUGGUCCACAUGCCGAUUGUGUUUCUUCGUCUUUCUGAGGAGACGAAUGGCGAGUUUGACCUCCAAAUCGUACCCGGCGGGGUCAUGGAGCAGGCCAUGAGCAUCAACUACUCAGUCAUCAAAGAGCUGUUCCCUGAGAGUGACCCCGAAUAUGGAUACAACGCCCCUCGCUUGUUGGACAUGUACAGGGCUCGUACCACGUGGUCGUGCCCGAACAAGACUCUGACGCGAAUGUGGUACAACGCGGACGGAAGUGUAUGCAGUGAUAUUGACUCAUGCAUGAGCUCUUGCCUCCCAAACGGAACCGCCGUAGUGGGCCUUGUGGCGAUUGACGCAGCGGCAGAGGCGCGUAUGGGGCUCGGCACGGACUACGAUCAACCUACGCUGAACGAAGGGGAGGUGAUCUUGUCGCACCGCGCCUCGAUUCUUAUGGGUGAGGUGAAUGUGGGUGACAUGGUGAUCCUCUACGGAAAUGCCCAGGCGAGCACUCAGUUCGCGGUCAGCAAGCUAGCGCAUAACGAUUCGGCGGAAGUCAUCAUGACCUUCAGGGUCAUCUCCAUCAUGCCAGAGUCCCAGCGCAAGUUCCCAGAUAUGGACGCCUAUGCCAUUGUGUCCUUCCAGACAUUCUUACGUGACCUCUCGAAGGGCCUGGGGCCGUACACAUCCGCCGCGGGUGUAGAGGGGGUGGCCAAUACGAACCCAAACGAGUGCGCGUCUGCCGUGUACUUCAUCAUGAGCCCGGCGACACGACUGAACGUGUACAGUCCUACGAACUACAACAGGAUUCGCAGAAACGUGGUGGCGUGGUCAUCGAGGAUACUGUCGUCGCUCGGGCUCAUGCAGAUCAACGCCUUUGCAACGCAGCUGCCCGGUUUGUUCUCGACCCGCCUCUUCAGUGUCUUCACUGGGCUCACUAUGUCCGUCAUCCUCUUGGCACUGGCGUUCCUGAGCGUUGUGCUAAUUUAUACCCUUCUCACGGUCGGGGUCGAAACAAAGAAGUACGAGCUCGGUAUCCAACGCAUGGUGGGUCUCACCAAGGAGAAUCUGAUUUUUUUGGUGCUCACCAAUGCGUAUGCGUUUACCCUGCCUGCGUGGCUCAUUGGUCUGGUUGCUGGGCAGGGCGCUUAUACGGGAAUUAGGUUUAUGUUCCUGAAGUUAGUGAACGUGGAGCUGCCCAUGUUUAUCUCGGGGGCUUCCGUCGGGUGGGCCACGCUCGCUGGCCUCGGUAUCCCUAUCGUUGCCUCGUUCUUCCCGAUUCUCUCACUGGUGUCGCAGAGCCUUCCCGAUGCCAUCAACACCUCGCGUAGCCGCAACAGCGGGGUCAUCUACAAGAUCCAACGCAAAGACUCGACACAGUGGAGCGGGCCGAUGUUCGCCCUCGGCGUGCUGUUCUUCGUCUUUGGGUUCCUUGUCUACUACCUCUUUCCCACCGCGUUAAUCACGAUGAACCUGGCCUUGAUCUUCUACAUCUUCUUCGGCGUUCUCAUUGGGCUGCUUGCAGGCUUCGUGCUGCUUGCAAUGAAUUUUGAGCGAGUGGCGCAGACGUCCAUCAGCUAUCUGCUGCUGUUCUGGGAGAGCAAGGCGGUGUUCUCGUUCAUGCAGAAGAGCCUCAGUGCGCAUCGGCGCCGCAACCGUAAGACGUCUCUCAUGUACGCGCUUUCCCUCGCCUUUAUCAUAUUCAUUACGGUGGUGGUGCAGAUUCAGCUGAUCUCCUUUGAGUACUCGUCUCGCCAGAGUCUGGGCGGCGAGAUGAUUUUCACCACACGCGACAUGACGAUGGAAGAGUACUGGGUCAUAGAGGAGAUUCUCGAAAAGCAAAAGGAGAUGGGCAUCAUCUCCGCAUACACUUACGACUACAACAGCUCCCGUGUUUUGUCCUCGCAGUUCACCAAAAUCAUCUCACUUGGCCGCUUACACAACUCCAGGACGACCCUGAGGCUGCUCUCGCCUAACUACUUUGAGGUGAUGGAUAGCCAAUACCUCAAAAUUAACAGUUUUCAGAGCAUCAUUGGCCGCUACGGCCUUGUGCAGUCCCUCUACAGCCCUGAAGGUCUCUACAAGGGUAUCAUGUCCUCUGGCGUGGCGGAACACCUUGGCGUUGGAAACGCUGACGGUGUCGUUUUGCUCGAGAGGGGGACGGUGUCCAAUGUAAGGCUACGCAAGCAGACUGUGAUUCGGACCACAGUCCGUCCUCUUGCCACACUCGACCUGGCUCCAGCAAUAUCGAUGUCCAAAUACUCGACCAGCAAGGGUGAUCUCGUGGUGAGUAUUCCUGGGCUCUUCCGGCAGCUUAAUGUGUCCCGCAUGAGCGUCCUAAGCGGGAGGGUGGGGCGACUUCGGCUGCGCGUGAAGGACCCUCAGUGGUUCGACUAUCUCGAUGACCUGCUCACCAGGAGCCUUUCCGAGAUGGGUCGUACAGCUACCGUGAAGAACAUUAGGGAUGUGACGAGCAACGUCGCCUCAGCUGCCAACCUCCUGAACCUCUUCUUCAUUAUAACCCAGAUCAUGAUCAUGCUCAUUUGCUUCUUCUCGCUGAUGAGCAGCAUGACCUCCAACGUGUUCGACUCCUCCAAGGAGGUUGGCGUGCUGCUGUGCUUGGGCAUGUCACAUUUUCAGGUGUACCGCGUGUACAUCUGGGAAGCCUUCGUCUUGGUCGUGUCAUCGGGCAUCCUGGGGCUCAUCGUCGGCCUCAUCGUGGCCUACACGAUGCAGCUACAGAACGUCUUGUUUACAGAGCUGCCUCUGCCGUUCCCCUUUCCGUACAUCCAGCUGUGCAUUCUGGUUGGUAUGGGUUUCGUUUCGGCGCUGGCGUCCAGCAUCAGCCCGGUGGCUUACCUUUUAAGUCUUCCCUCCGUCACCCAUAUCCUGCGUCGCGUCACUCACUGA